UACAACACUGGCCGGGUUGUGUAUACCAAGAAGUUUGUGCGGCGAAAUUAACAAAUCAAAAUUCGCAAACGAGAGUGGAUUUAGUCAAAAUAUUAGCUAUGGAGCCUACAAAAAGGCUGUAGGAGAGAUAUACCGAAGAUCAGGGCUAAGAAGCUGCUGGCCACCGGUCACCUAUGGGAAAGAACGCAUCCAACACGAGCCCCAGUUCCAGUGCAGAAUCCUCUUCAGAAACUGAAUCAUCCAGCGUCCAGGAACGUGAUUCGAAAAGAAACCAACGGAAUCCAAAGUCCACAAAAGAUGUCGAUACAGCUGGAUCCAAGGGAAGCUCCAAAGGCAGCAGCUCAGAGGAAAGCACCAAAAGCAACACCUCAGAAUCUCCGGCUGUAGAUUUUCAAUCCGAGGAGGAUUCGGAACUGGAUCACAGACAGAAGCCUGCCGUGGGACAAAUUCGUAUUGUGCCGCUAGAAAAGUUGCUGGCCACUCCUGCCAAAAAGAUACGAACCAAAAUUACACCCAGGAGAAACUUGAAUAUUGUUUCAAGCGAGAAUACCGAACUUGAACCAAAUAAGCGCCCAGCUAGGCCUUCUCGCCAGACCGGCAAUAAGAGCCCUAUCAUUGAGCUAAGCGACAGUUCUGAGGACUUAGAGGACGAGGAGCUGCUUGUCCCGUUGGUUCCAUCAAAAGCCGCCAAAAAACCUUCAGAGCCUCCUAAGCCAGCUAAGAAAAAAAUCAACUUAAGUGUUAAACGCUGCCUGGUUCGCUUGAAACGAGUGUCACUACCUAAAAGCGUUCAAACAAAUCGCAAAAUGAGCUCCGAAUCUGAGGCGGAAGCGGCCACUACUUCUAAGAAGAGCAGACCAAGUCGGCGAACUAAGAGCGAGAGUGAGGAGGAUUCGGACUACGAGGCGCCUGCUACUGACGGGGAGGAUGAGGAGGAGAGGAAGUCCGAAGGCGAAGACGAUGAAAACAAGGAGGAUGAGGAGGUGGCCAACAAUAGCAGCGACAGUGAGGUGAUGCCGCAGAGAAAGCGUCGAAAACAGAAAAGUGACUCUGACAAAGGUUCCUCCGACUUUGAGCCGGACCAGAAGCAGCAGAAAAAGAAGCGCAAGCGGAUCAAGAAAAAUUCCAGCGACGAUAGCGACGGGGACGAUGAAAAGGCGAAAAACAAGCGAAAGCACAUUAGGAAGAUAAUUAAGACCAAGGAUUUGGAUGUAAGCACUAAGGAAGCUGGCAAGGAGGAGGAGGAUCGUAGGAAGCGCAUCGAGGAGCGUCAGAAACUGUACAAUCGCAUAUUUGAGAAGUCUGAGAGUGUGGAGAUCACCGAACUGGUUCUCGACUUCGAUGAGGAAUCCAAAAAGGCCCUUCUGCAGGUGGACAAAGGUCUUCUCAAGAAGCUAAAGCCCCAUCAAGUGGCGGGUGUCAAGUUCAUGUGGGAUGCUUGCUUUGAAACGCUGAAGGACAGCCAGGAGAAGGCUGGUUCUGGCUGCAUCUUGGCCCACUGCAUGGGUUUGGGCAAAACCCUACAGGUGGUUACCUUGUCGCACACCCUGUUGAUCAAUACGCGUCGAACAGGCGUGGAUCGAGUUCUGGUUAUUUCGCCGUUGAGCACAGUGAACAACUGGGCACGGGAGUUCAUCCACUGGAUGAAGUUCGCUAACCGAAAGGACAUCGAGGUGUACGACAUAUCCCGCUACAAAGAUAAGCCAACGCGCAUCUUCAAGCUAAACGAGUGGUUCACCGAUGGCGGCGUUUGCAUCCUCGGCUACGAUAUGUACCGCAUCUUGGCCAACGAAAAAGCGAAGGGCCUUCGGAAGAAGCAGCGCGAGCAGCUGCAACAGGCGCUAGUUGACCCCGGGCCAGAUCUGGUCGUCUGCGACGAGGGGCAUCUGCUCAAGAACGAGAAGACGUCGAUCAGCAAGGCUGUGACCAGGAUGCGCACCAAACGGCGGAUUGUCCUUACCGGCACCCCGCUACAAAAUAAUCUCAGAGAAUACUAUUGUAUGAUACAAUUUGUAAAGCCCAAUCUGUUGGGCACGUAUAAGGAGUACAUGAACCGCUUCGUAAACCCUAUUAGCAAUGGCCAGUACACGGAUUCGACGGAACGGGAUCUGCGACUCAUGAAGCACCGAUCCCACAUUCUGCACAAGCUGCUCGAGGGGUGCAUCCAGCGCAGGGAUUACUCUGUCCUGGCCCCGUAUUUGCCGCCGAAGCACGAGUAUGUGGUCUACACGACAUUAUCUGAAUUGCAACAGAAGCUGUACGGUUACUACAUGACAACACACCGGGAUCAGGCCGGCUCCGACAUUUGUGGAAAGGGGGCGCGUUUGUUCCAGGAUUUCCAGGACUUGCGCCGAAUUUGGACGCAUCCCAUGAAUCUGAGGGUUAACAGCGACAUUGUGAUCGCAAAGCGGCUGUUGAGCAACGACGACUCCGACAUGGAAGGGUUUAUCUGCGACGAGACGGAUGAAGAGGAAGCCGCUUCCAAUUCAUCGGACAGUGGCGAGUCCUUUAAAUCUGAUGCCAGUAUGUCGGGCUUGGCGGCCAGCGCACAAAAGACGAAAAAACGCAAGACUCGCAACGAAAAAGCCAAAAGUCCCGAUAGCGAUUCCGAUCUGGAAAUGUUGGGCGAAACUGGAGGUGCGGCGAGCCGAGAGAAGGACGAUCCCUCCGAGUGGUGGAAGCCGUUCGUUGAGGAGCGAGAGCUGAACAAUGUACACCAUUCCCCCAAGCUAGUUAUAUUGCUGAGGCUAUUGCAGCAGUGUGAGGCUAUUGGCGACAAGCUGUUGGUAUUCUCCCAGUCCCUGCAGUCGCUGGACGUCAUCGAGCAUUUCCUCUCUUUGGUGGACAGCAACACCAAAAACUAUGAGUUUGAAGGAGACGUUGGAGACUUCAAGGGUUGCUGGACCAUCGGCAAGGACUAUUUUCGGCUGGACGGAAGCUGCAGUGUGGAACAGCGCGAGGCUAUGUGCAAGCAAUUCAACAAUUUAACCAAUUUGCGGGCGCGCCUCUUCCUUAUCUCCACACGUGCGGGGGGCUUGGGCAUCAAUUUGACGGCAGCCAAUCGCGUGGUGAUCUUCGACGUCUCAUGGAAUCCCUCACACGAUACACAGAGCAUAUUCCGGGUGUAUCGGUUUGGACAGAUAAAACCUUGUUAUAUCUACCGAUUGAUAGCCAUGGGUACCAUGGAACAGAAGGUGUAUGAGCGUCAGGUGGCCAAGCAGGCCACCGCUAAGCGGGUGAUUGACGAGCAGCAGAUUUCGCGGCACUACAACCAAACGGAUUUAAUGGAGCUAUACACGUACGAACUGAACCCGAGCAUGGAGAGAGAAAUGCCAAUUCUGCCUAAGGAUAGGCUAUUCGCUGAACUCCUGAGCGAGCAUGAAAAGCUUAUAUUCAAGUAUCAUGAACAUGACUCCCUGCUGGAGCAGGAGGAGCACGAAAAUCUAACUGAGGAGGAGCGGAAAUCGGCCUGGGCCGAAUAUGAAGCAGAGAAAACACGAACAGUGCAAGCCUCACAGUAUAUGAGCUAUGAUCGGAACGCCUUCGGCAACCAGGUGAUGGGACAGUUUGGAAACGCUUCGGGAAGCGUGACAUCCAGCAAGAUCUUCGGCUUCCGAACGGACAUCCUGUUGCAGCUGCUUAACAUGAAGAUAGCCAAAGACCAUAAAGAGCUAACCCAGAACCAGGUCAUCCAGCUGGUGCCCAGCUACCUGCAGCAGCUCUACAACGAAAUGAACAACAGUGAUCCAACCAUGUACAAGGAUUUGCUCAAUCUGCACGCCAACAUCGUGCAUCCCAGUGGGAUGUACAUGAAUCCGCUACUCUACGCCAACCAGAAUCCCUCGGCAGCGGGCUACAAUCAGGGUAGUGGCGGACCUGGUAUGGCGAUGGGAAUGGGUGCAGGGACUGGAGAGGGACCAGCGACUGGAUCAGCUGCCUCGGCUCCAGGUUUCGAACCGGACAAGGUAUACGAGAUCGAUUAGAGAAAGCUAAGGAAGCCAACGGAAAUGGUUACUUUUAAUUGAAUAGUAGGUAAUUCGUCGACUUCGUCGUUAUUUCCUUUGGACAAAAAUUUACAAAUAUGGUUUAAUCCUACCUACAUAUUUACCAAUUACCUUAUCCCUUACCCGAGUAAGAUUAUAGUUUUUCUCAACUUAUUAAAUAAUUCUUAAAGUAUACAAUAAAUUUGCGAGGCGAUGCUUACGUUCAUAACUGUCCUAAUCCAUUGUGUGUAGUCGUAAAUUAGAUACCAGAAACAAUUAAAUAAAAUAUAACUCAUGAUUCAAAUCCUCACAGGUCUAUUCCAGCUUUUUCAAACUAUAUUCAAGUAUAAUAGCCGCCACAUAUCCCAAAGGAUGAAGUGAGUGGCUACACAUAUGAUGUGGGUUCGAGUCAAGACACAGUUCAGUUAUUGUCCAACAGACAGAUUCUUAAUAAAGAUAUAAAUUGAAAAGAAUUCCAUGCGCCCAAUGAAGCUGGAAUAGGCCUGAUAGUUAUAAACCACAUAGAUACACAUCUAUAUAAAUAAUAAUAAUAAUAAAUGCUCUCUCGACUAUCGAGUGCAAGAAAUUAUUUAACACGCGACAAACAAUAAAUGGCACAGAUAUUAUGAAUAAAACCACAAUUCUCUUCAUCCAUUAAUGCUGUUUUCUAAAGUCAUAAUAAACCAAGAAAGGAAUAACGUACACUCAUA